CCUCGCUUAGUCAUACAACGGGAAAUCGAGACCUAGUUUUGCUUGCACACAAAUUCGUCGUCCAAAUUUGACGCCCGCAGCAACCACCGUCUUCAGCAUCCCCAUACACGCCGAAUCGUCACGAUGGGUCACGCCGCAGGUCUCCGUGCUGGUACGAGAUACGCCUUCUCGCGGAACUUCCGCGAGAAGGGUAUGAUCCGCCUCUCGACCUACCUUAAGCAGUACAAGGUUGGCGACAUCGUCGACAUCAAGGUCAACGGUGCUGUCCAGAAGGGUAUGGCCCACAAGGUCUACCACGGCAAGACUGGUGUCAUCUACAACGUCACCAAGUCCGCUGUCGGCAUCAUCAUCUACAAGAAGGUGAAGCACCGCUACAUCGAGAAGCGCAUCAACGUCCGCAUCGAGCACAUUCAGCCUUCCCGCUCCCGCGACGAUUUCCUUCGCCGCGUCAAGCAGAACGCCGAGCUCAAGAAGCAGGCCAAGGCUGAGGGCAAGCCCGUCCAGCUCAAGCGCCAGGCCCUUCUUCCCCGUGAGGCUCGCACCAUCUCUGUCGUCGACAACAAGCCCGAGACCGUUGCCCCCGUCGCCUACGAGACCACUAUCUAAAGUACUCUUGGGAUAGGACUGGUGGUAGACCUGGCGUAUUUGGUUUUUCUUUGCAUGGGGUUCAUCGCGUUCGACACGGAUAGAUAUCCUGCAUGGAUUUUUUGGUCUGGGAUGCGGGAGUGCUUAUAGGAAUCAAAAAUACCAGUGGCAUGACCAUGACCAAAACCAAAACACACGAGAACCGGCUCGAUGCGCCUCCUCCUGAUCAGGUGUACGUGCUUUUGAGCCUCGAGCCAACUUGUGAUCGGAUGGACUACGCCAGACGAAUCUCGUGGCCAGACGAGUCACACAGGGACACACAAUUCGAGCCCUGUCUGGCUGUGCGGCCGCUCUGUUUCUCGACCUAGCAUCUUGCGGUUGAUAGGGAUACGCAAAUAGAGCAAACGUGACAAACCACUUCACCGGGCCAAUCUCUGCUACCAGUACGUAUUGUGAGCAUCUUAGCACGCUCAGAAGGUCUUCAAAUCCAACUUGAAAGAUGGGAGAGAUUUGAGUAGAACGAAAUGACUACAGCGUUAUACUGGGCUUCCGUUUCCGACCUGGACGCAGAGAUGCCAUCUUUUGAGCCAACUGAUGAUUAUUUGAAUUGUAGAAUUUCGAUACCCAACCAGGGCCAUUUAUACAUCCCCAGGCGCAUCAACGCAACAGCCUUGCUAGAUUGAAAGCGUUCAUGCUUAUGAAACUUGAUAACGGAGCUUCAGUUAUAUAUCUGUUUGUCACUGGUCGUUCCACUCUCAAGAAUGUUCUUGGAUUGUAUACUAUGAUGAUGAUCAUCUGGUUGGACAAAGGCGGCGGGCUGAGGCGGUCCAUCACAGAUCGAUGACAGAUUCACUGUGGGGUUUGAGGUUCAUGUGGACGGAAAUGUCGAGCAAGCUCGCUCCAGACCUCGAAUGCCUGCCGAAGCAUCGUCAGGGAUUUUGCUUGGUCUCGUUGUGGCUUUCUGACAUUGACGAGGCGUUGGUAGCAUGUGGCUCAAAAAAUAAACAGAUUUGGCCAAUUGGAUAUUGCGGCCGGG